AUGUCAGAUCGCGCGGCCGCUAGCAUGGACGUCCGUGCCGCAAGGAUCAUCGCCUCUCUGGCAGAAUCGCUCGAAACACCCUAUCAGGGCUCCAGCUCCAUGACCCCCACGGUCUAUGAUACGGCCUGGGCGUCCAUGGUAGCCAAGGACGGGGAGUGGCUCUUCCCGGAAUGUUUCCAGGUGGUGCUAGACAGCCAGUCUCCUGGGGGCGGGUUUGGCGUGGACGAGGGGGCGCCGCCGCCGCCGCAGCUGGACGGCAUCCUGAGCACCAUGGCCGCAGUUUUGGCGCUCUGCAAAUACCGGAAGAGCCCAUCUUCCUCGAUCCGAGGUGGUCCGCACUGCAUUCUUCCUCCAUCAUCGUCAGAUUUGCAAGACCGAAUCGAUCGGGCGCGGGCGUAUCUCGACCAAGCCCUGCAGUGCUGGAAUGUGCAUUCAACCGUGCAGGUGGGAUUUGAAAUCCUGGUACCCAGUUUGCUGCGCUUGUUGCACGAGGAAGGGCUACACUUCGACUUCCCCGGUCGCAAAGCCCUCAUGGCGCUGCAUCGGUGCAAGAUUGACAAGAUUCGGCCUGCGUUGGACACUCCCCACCCACCGCAAACCACGCUCUUGCAUUCGCUCGAGGGCUUCAUCGGAUGCAUGGAGUUGGGAAAUAUGGCGCCCUGUCUAGCCAACGGGUCCAUGAUGGGAUCACCAUCCUCGACUGCUGCAUAUCUGAUCCACAGCCCCGAAUGGGAUAAAGAAGCGGAAAGGUAUCUCCGUUUCGUCGUUGCGCGCAACAAUGGAAAUGUACCUUCUGCAUUCCCAAUCAGCGUCUUUGAAAUUUCCUGGGUUCUCUCAACCCUGCUAGAUUCAGGAUUCGAAGCCGAUGUGUUAGGAACCGAGAAUGUUUGCACUCUAGCGGCCUACCUUGAGUCUCGACUCGCGGAGGAUAAUGGUAUCACAGGCUUUGCUCCCGGAAUGCUUGCCGAUGCAGAUGACACGGCGAAAAGCAUUUAUUCUCUCAGUCUUCUUGGCCGGUCCACGGACUGUGCAGCCAUGCUCCAGGCAUUUGAAGGUCAUACUCAUUUCAAGACGUACAACUUGGAAGCCAAGGAGUCCUUCGCGUCAACUGCAAUCACCUGGGAAAGUGGCAAAUGGAGUGACAAAUGGAAUAUCGAGUCUCAGUACGCCAUAAUGCUUUUGGCCGAUGCUCUGGCAAGCCUGAUCGAUCGUUGGCAAGAUGGAGCGUUAGGAGAUCUCGAUCCCAAUUUCCUGGCUGAUCACGUUCCCCGGGUGACCCUCCAGAUUGUCGUGCGGACUCUGAGCGCACAGUCGGAGGAUUCCGGCUCGUGGAAACAAUCACCGGAGAUCACGGCCUAUGGGCUCUUGACUCUCAAAGCCCUGGUCAGCUUUCCGUGGGUACGGACGGCAAUAGGGGCCCAAGUCAUUGAUGAGCAUAUCGAUCGAGCAAUCAAAUACCUGCGAGCCCACGAGGACCGCUGGAACGACCCCGAGAUGAUCUGGGUCGAGAAAGUGAACUAUGGCUCCAGCAUCCUUUCGGAGACCUACUGCUUAGCGGCACUGCGGCGAAAAGCUACAUGUCCGUCCCGCUGGGGAGAGCCAGUUGGAGAUUUAUGCAAGGUGCCCAAGGAGAGGCUCGACCGAUUCUGCCGGUUCUUUGCUCGGUUGCCGAUUUUCAAAGGCGAGCCGACAUGGAGACUGCGGGCUUCCAUUCUCGAGGGGGAUCUACUCGCCCCGGUGUUGCGGCGGGCGGCACUCGAGCUGGCCAUCUUCCCCUUCCCUCAGGGGGAUGGAAUGAAAACUGCAAAAUACCUGGAAUACAUCCCUCUGACGUGGACCACCUCCAACAACGCAGCAGCAAGCUUUGGUCUGUCCACUGCAACGAUGGUGGAGAUGAUGGUACUUUCUCUGCUCAACUUCCAGGUGGACAGGUGGUUCGAGGAGACCACGGAAGAUCCGCGCCUCCAAGGUGAUUGGGCGGCCCUUAGGAGCGUGAUCGGGGAGCUUUUCACGGAUGAUGAUGACCCGAAGGAGCGCAAGACGCCAAAUGGCCACCAUAAUCACAAGCGCCGCCAGCGGGGGGAUUUGACGGGCCAUGGACCAGCCAUGGUGGCCGACGAGGAAGAAAAGGCUGCUUUCCUAGCCGAAGCCAAACGUACCCUCGCGCGGUUCGUGCAGGGCGGCGUGCUCCAAAAAGUCUCCGUCCGGUCGGCACCCCCGGCACUGCGCCGGCGCGUCCGGCAGGAGCUCCGCACCUUUCUCCUUGCACAGGUCACCCAGGGGGAAGAUAACAAUAAGAAUCAUGAUUCGAAGGCAACGCCCAUAAUGACACGAACGUACUACGAGUGGGUUCACACCACAUCAGCAGACCACACGAGCUGCCCCUACUCGUUCGAGUUCUUCCGCUGCCUCGUCUCAUCUGGUGCGGGCGGGGAUUGUUUCGUGGGGCCCCGCGCCCAGUAUCUCGCCCAGGACUUCUGCCGCCAUCUGGCCACCAUGUGCCGCCAGUAUAAUGAUUAUGGUUCCAUGGCUCGGGACCAGGAGGAGCGAAAUCUUAAUAGCAUUGAUUUCCUGGUGUUGGGCAAAGAAGACGACGACGGCGAUGAUGACGAUCACGCCAAAGAAGAAGAGGAAGAAGAGGAAGAAGAAGAAGAAGAGGAAGAAGAGGAAGAAGAAGAAGAAGAAGAGAAGAAGCUGUUGUUGUUGGGAAUCGCCCAGUAUGAGCGCGAGUGCUUGGAGUUGGCGGUGCAACGGCUGCAACCCCAGGUCUCCAAACCCGCAUGGAAGGCAUGGAGAGUCUUUCUUGCUGUGACGGAUCUCUACGGUCAGAUCUAUGUGGCACAAGAUAUCAAUUCUAGAUAA